GCCGCCCGCGGGCUCAGUUAGAGGAUGGCCGCGGCGGCGGCGGGUGGGGCCCCGGGCCCGGCCCCCGGCCCCGGCUCCGGCCCGGGUCCUGCAGCCAGGGCCCCGCCGCAGGCGCUGCGGAGGCGCGGGGACUCGCGGCGCCGACAGGCCGCGCUCUUCUUCCUCAACAACAUCUCCCUGGACGGGCGGCCCCCAAGCCUGGGCCCGGUCGGCGAGAAGCCGCCGCCGCCGCCGCCGCCGCCCGCCGAGGCCCGCGAGCCGCCGGCGCCGCCGCCGCCCCCGGGGCCCGAGACCGCGCCCCCCGCCCCGCCGGGCCCGCCCGGAACCGGGAACAGGGCCUCGGCGCCCCAGGGCCUGCUCAGCCCGGCGCCCGCGCCCGCCGGCCUCGGCCUGGACCCGCAGCGCCACAGGAGGCGAGUCGCCUCCCAGCGCUGCUCCCUCGAGUUCCUGGAAGACACGGUGGGAUGUCCCUCGGUUCCAAGGACCAAGCACGUGCCCGGCUCCCCCAGACACAAGGGCCUGAAGAAGACCCACUUCAUCAAGAACAUGCGGCAGUACGACACCAGGAACAGCAGGAUCGUGCUCAUCUGCGCCAAGCGCUCCCUGUGCGCCGCCUUCUCCGUCCUGCCCUACGGGGAGGGCCUGCGGGUCAGCGACCUGCGGGUGGACAGCCAGAAGCAGAGGCACCCGUCAGGCGGCGUGUCGGUCUCCUCCGAGAUGGUGUUUGAGCUGGAAGGAGUGGAGCUGGGGGCCGACGGAAAGGUGGUGUCUUACGCCAAGUUCCUGUACCCCACCAAUGCCCUGGUCACGCAGAAGACAGACGGCCACGGCCCCCCGCCGCAGCCCCGGCCCAGCGUGCCCCGGGCCCUGCCGGCGUCCCGGUACAAGCCUGCUGCCGCCAAGCCCCCGCCCACCAGCACAGAGCUAGGCAGCGACGCGGGGGACGCCCUGGAGUACAACCCCAACCUGCUGGACGACCCGCAGUGGCCCUGCGGCAAGCACAAGCGCGUCCUCAUCUUCGCCUCCUACAUGACGACGGUGAUCGAGUACGUGAAGCCCUCCGACCUCAAGAAGGACAUGAACGAGACGUUCCGGGAGAAGUUCCCGCACGUCAGGCUGACGCUGAGCAAGAUCAGGAGUUUGAAACGGGAGAUGCGGAGCCUCUCUGAGGAGUGCAGCCUGGAGCCCGGGACCGUGUCCAUGGCCUACGUGUACUUCGAGAAGCUCGUCCUGCAGGGCAAGCUCAACAAGCAGAACCGCAAGCUGUGCGCCGGCGCGUGCGUGCUGCUGGCUGCCAAGAUCAGCAGCGACCUCCGCAAGAGCGAAGUGAAGCAGCUCAUCGACAAGCUGGAAGAAAGGUUUCGGUUCAACAGACGGGACCUAAUCGGGUUCGAGUUCACAGUGCUCGUGGCCUUGGAACUUGCUCUCUAUCUCCCCGAGAACCAGGUGUUACCUCAUUACAGACGCCUCACGCAGCAGUUCUAGCGGGGGGCGCUGCACAGACCACCCCUGCCGCCCACCCCACUCGGCGCACCCCCACUGUGGGCCCCACGGGCUGUGCCCAGGCCGGGAGGUGCACUCCGGUCCCACUGCCCCCGGGCAGGGGCGCCAGGCCCCGCCUACACACGCUCGCUUUCCUGGGGGCGUGGCUCAUUCCCAGACGCAGCGCGCCUCCCUGGCGUUCCCGAGUGUUCCUGCGCGCUCACAUGGACACAGUGUGGGGCACAGGCGUCCUCCCGGGCCUGAGGCUGGUCCCGCACCAGGACCUCAGAUUUAACGUCACGGCCUAUGUCCCCAUCUCUGCACUGCCUGGCCUCCCACGCAGGGUCACAGCCCUCUGCACAGGCCCGGCCUCGCCACCUGGGCGGCCUGAUGCUGGACACACUGAGGUCGCUGCGGUUACGUGAUGAAGCAUUAAUCCUGACUGUCUGGGGCUUGGUGUGAACACAGUGCUGUGGACACAACCCCACCCUAUGGCCCGGCUCCAGUCCAGCCGCCCGGCCCGUACACACCCACACAGCCCUGGAGUCCGUCAGGCCAGCAAGAGCGAACUCUUGUUCCUGUUGACCACUUGUCUUCUCGGGCCUCUGCUCUCCCAGGCAUCGGGUCACCACGAAGCCCUGCUGCCCACGUGUCACGCCGUACCCCGACAGGCCUUGGCACACGUGUCCACCCCACACGGACGCUGCCCGCCAGGAGAGCACCACUGGGCUGUGGCACCGGACCUUCAGGUGACCGCUGCACGGCUGGCUCCUGAUCUAGGCAGCACCGUGGCAGGAAAGCAGCCUAUUCAUCGUCACGUGGGACCCUGCCUGGGGGGGUCUUUUUCCGGAGGGAACAAAGGCUGGUCGACCAAGGCGUGCGAAGCUGACCUGAAACUACACUUGACCCCCACGUGGGGAGAAGACUGGGAGGUGACUGUCACUCCCGAGCCAGCCUGGGCCAUGCCAGCGUGACCAUGUUCGGCUUUGCAGGCCUGCAUCGUCCUUGCAUGAGCUGUGACGUCAUUCCCCGGCUCGCCACCCGGCCCAGAACACUAAGAACCAAGGACUGGCAAAGGCGCCCAUCUGGGAAACGGCCACACCGCCUGGGCCAUCGGACUGCUUCGCCAGCACGCCACAAACCUGUCGCCGAGGGGGUUCUGGGCCGGCCCCUGCCCCGCACCCUUUACAGAAAGGCCCACUGUGCUCACGACAGCACCCAGCCACCAGCAACUCGGCCUGGACCCCGGUGGGGGGGCACCACCAGCCCCCCGCAGGCCCGCCCCCUCUCCCACUCCUGGGGAAGGAAUGGAGGACCGAGCCCACAUCUGCACCCCAACUGGCCUCGCUCCCCCCCCCCGACCCCCCGUCCUGGGCCCAAGCUGAGGUGGAAGGAAGGUGCCAGCUGCUAGGCCCCAGGAGAGCAACCUGCCGGGCCCCCAUAGCAUCUCAAGGACACGUCUGUGUUACAAGCACUGUCGCCCCGAAAGUCCUGGUUUACAACUCAGCCUCAAGGAACCCACCCGCCCAGUGGUUUCUGUACAGCUGUAGAGCCGCUGACCAAUGCCAUAACUUAAGUUUGCCUAUUUAUGUCGUAAGAUCCAGUCGUUUGUCGACCCUGUCUGCCCUCCCCACCCGUAUCCGUGUCCCUUCUGGUAGCACCGAGCCGCCACUGUGUGGCGCUCAGGAGUCCCUGCAGCGAAGCCAAGGUUCCAGCCAGACCUCAGCCGAACGCCAUCCUCUAGAGCAAGCCCGGGCACCUGAGGGGUGUCAAGGGCCGCGGGCCCCCCGUCGGCUCCCAGUAGCAGUUGUGGAUUUUCAAUGGAUGUUAAGCAACUAUCUGACCUCAAUACCGAGUCACGUCACAGGUGUUUGUAUUUGUGCUCAUGAGUAAAACGUGGUUUCGCAGCACA